CUCCCAAGUCGUUAGCUCUGAUGAAGGGUAAUAUAAAAGCUGUAAAGACCCCUCCCGAACAGCAGGUGUCAGUCACCUGUAGUCAGGUUCCACUUGUUGGAUUUCAUAGUAGAAGCAUCUUGUAAUGGACAAGUUUGAAGAGGCUGCAUGAUGUGAACGGUCAAACUAGAGGUAGUGCUUACUCACUUCCAGGACACAGUGAAGGUGCCGUUUGGAACAAAGUAUCUGGACGCUGCCUUGUGUUUCCCUGCCUCGGUGACAGAUGUUCGCACGGCCGUCAUUCUUACACAUGGGGCUGGUGGAGACAUGAACUUCAAACAUCUGGUUUCUCUGGCACAUGCCUUGGCUUCAGGUGGCUUCCUUUGUCUCCGUUUCACAUGCAAAGGUUUAAACUUGGGUUAUAGAGUGAAGGCUUACCGUGCUGUGUGGGAGUAUUUGAAAUCCCUACAGAAGUUUACCAUAAAGCACAUAUUUGUUGGAGGCAGGUCAAUGGGAUGUCGUGCUGCUGCAGCUUUAGCCAGGCAGCUGAGUGGUGAAUCAGAGGAUACAGUGCAGGGUAUCAUCUGCUUGUCUUUCCCCCUGCACCCUCCGGGACAGACGCACACCCAUUUGCAACGGAGCAAAGAUCUCAGGGGACUACCUGAGCACAUGCCAGUGCUGUGUGUGUCAGGCACUGAGGACAAGAUGUGUGACAGGGUCCUUUUUGAAGGGAUGGUAAAAGAAAUAAAAGCUCAAGUUGAGGUUUUCUGGCUGAAAGGAGGCAGCCAUGGACUGACAGUGAAGGGAAGGCCCGAGGACUCUGUGUUAGAUGAAGUGAAUUUACAAGUCAUCACCUGGAUGAGUAAGCAGGCAGCAUAGAUUAAUUUAUGUUAUCAGAUUUUUUUUCUUUGUUUUGUUAUUUUCAUUUUUACUAGUUAAAUAAAGGAUAUAUCAUUUUACAUAAUGCGG